UGGACCGACACGGACGCUGAGGACUUUACUCGUGUUACCUGCACCGACAUCUUUCUAGAGAAUUCACUUUUUAAGAAUCAUUUCUUUUCACGUAGUGUCUCGCGGAGCUCCUUUAAAGCGUCUUAAGUCUACGAGGAUGAACUUUAUUUAGGACGCGUUGCUCCUGCAGGCAUCCUGAGGUCCAGCCCCAACAGUGGCAUCCUCUCGGGGUCUUCUUCUUGUGCUAGAGUUCAGAUCACCAUUCAUCACACUCACCGCUGCUCAAGGAGGGAGGGAGGAGGACGAUGGGGGCCGGCGCGGUCUCCCCCCGAGCCCUGCUGUGGCUCAACCUGCUGGGCUUCGUCUCCGUGGCGUCCGCCCUCAACCCGGAUGACCCCAACGUGUGCAGCCACUGGGAGAGCUAUGCAGUGACUGUGCAGGAGUCUUACGCUCAUCCAUUUGACCAGGUCUACUACACCCGCUGCACCGACAUCCUCAACUGGUUCAAGUGCACCAGACACAGGAUCAGCUACAAGACGGCGUACAGAAGAGGUGUGAGGACGAUGUACAGGCGGCGCUCUCAGUGCUGCCCAGGCUUCUAUGAAAGUGGAAACCUUUGUGUUCCGUUGUGCACUGAAGAGUGUGCCCACGGACGCUGUGUCUCUCCCGAUACCUGCCAGUGUGAGCCCGGCUGGGGAGGACUGGACUGCUCCAGUGGCUGUGAGAGCGACUUCUGGGGGCCCCACUGCAGCAGCCGCUGUCAGUGCCAGAACGGGGCCAAGUGUAACCCGAUAACCGGAGCCUGCGUCUGCACCGACGGCUUCCAGGGCUGGCGCUGCGAGGAGCCCUGCGACCCCAACCUCUACGGUAAAGACUGCCUGCUGGAGUGCCAGUGCCUCAACGGCGCCACCUGCCAGCAUCAGACCGGCGAGUGUCUGUGUGCGCCGGGAUACACCGGAGCCUUCUGUGAGGAGCCUUGUCCCCCCGGUAAACAUGGCUCCCUGUGUGAACAGCGAUGUCCCUGUCAGAACGGAGGAGCGUGUCAUCACGUCACCGGAGAGUGCUCCUGUCCCGCCGGCUGGGUGGGGCCCGUCUGUGCACAGCCGUGCUCCUUCGGAUCGUUCGGCAUCAACUGCUCUCAGGAGUGCACGUGUCGCAAUGGCGGCCUCUGCGACCACAUCAGCGGUCAGUGUCAGUGCACCGCCGGCUACAUCGGAGAGAGAUGUCAGGAUGAAUGCCCGGUUGGCACUUACGGGCCGCAGUGCGCCCACAAGUGCGACUGUCAGAACCGAGCCAAGUGCUACCACAUCAACGGGGCCUGCCUCUGCAACGAGGGCUUCAAGGGCCCCAGCUGCCAGGACCGCUUCUGUCCCCCGGGCCUGUACGGACUCAGCUGUGACAAAUACUGCCCCUGCAAAGCUGCAAACACACUCAGCUGCCACCCUCUGUCGGGAGAGUGCACCUGUGCGGAGGGAUGGGCGGGGCUCUACUGUAACGAGACCUGUCCGGCGGGUUACUACGGCGAGGGCUGCAGAGAGCCGUGCGCCUGCACCAACGGAGCCGACUGUGACGGCGUCACGGGAGCGUGUCUGUGCGCUCCGGGGUUCAUAGGAGACGACUGCUCCGUCAGCUGUCCUGCAGGCCUCUACGGGACCAACUGCACCUCCUCGUGCUCCUGCCACAACCAGAUCUCCUGCUCGCACAUCGACGGCUCCUGCAUCUGCAGAGAAGGUUGGCAGGGUGUGGACUGCUCCAUCCCUUGCUCCAGCGGUGCUUGGGGACUAAGCUGCAAUCAGACAUGUCAGUGUGCCAACGGGGCGGCCUGCGACCCCGUCAACGGCACCUGCACCUGCUCUCCAGGCUGGAGGGACGAGUACUGCGACCUACCGUGUCCCGAGGGAUCGUACGGACUGGACUGCAGAGAGAGAUGUGACUGCGCCAAUGCUGACGGCUGUGAUCCAGUGAGCGGCUUCUGUCGCUGUGUCGCAGGUUGGACAGGUGUCCAUUGCGACGGUGUGUGUGAGGAGGGACGCUGGGGACCCAACUGCUCCUACAGCUGCACCUGUGAGAACGGAGGCUCCUGCUCCCCGGAGGAUGGAACUUGUGUGUGCGCUCCCGGCUACCGCGGCACCAACUGCAGAAGAACGUGUUCGCCUGGUUUCUACGGACAUCGCUGCAGCCAGUCGUGUCCUCGGUGUGUCCACAGCGACGGGGCGUGCCACCAUGUCAGCGGUCACUGUGAAUGUCUCUCCGGCUUCUUCGGCUCGCUCUGUAAUCAAGUGUGUCCAGGGGGGAAGUUCGGUAAAGCGUGUGCGGAGGCGUGUUCGUGCACCAACAACGGUACGUGUAACCCCAUCGACGGCUCCUGUCAGUGCUACCCUGGAUGGAUCGGCGGGGACUGCUCUAAACCGUGUUUUCAGGGCUCGUGGGGUCCAGACUGCAUCCACACAUGUAACUGUCACAACGGAGCCCAGUGCAGCGCCACAGACGGAGUGUGCGACUGCAGCCCUGGAUGGACGGGACUCUUCUGCACUCAGCGCUGUCCGACCGGUUUCUACGGCUCCCAGUGUGCUGAAGUGUGUCGCUGUCAGAACGGGGCGGACUGCGACCACAUCAGCGGACAGUGUUCCUGCAGGACGGGCUUCAUCGGACAGAGCUGUGAGCUCAAGUGUCCUGCGGGGACGUUUGGGUACGGCUGCCAGCAGCUGUGUGAGUGUAUGAACAACGGCACCUGCGACUACGUGACGGGAACCUGCUACUGCAGCAUCGGCUUCAAAGGCAUCCGCUGUGACCAGGCGGCCCUGAUGAUGGAGGAACUGAACCCCUACACCAAGAUCAGCCCGGCUCUGGCUUCAGAGCGCCAGUCAGCCGGCGCCGUCCUGGGCAUCAUCUUCCUGCUGCUGCUCAUCAUGGCCAUGCUCGGCCUGGUGGUCUGGUUCCGCUACCGGCAGAGAGAGAAAGGCCACCACGUGCCGAGCGUCACCUACACGCCGGCCCUGCACAUCAACUCCACCGACUACUCCCUCUCAGCAGGGCUGCAGUGCACAGGCCUGCUCUCCUCUCCAGAGUCCUCUCCCAGUAACAGCUCCGUAGGCCGAUGCUUCUCCAACCCCAGCUACCGAACUCUGGGGCCCUGCAGCUACGCCGGCCACUACGCCAAGCCGGACAAGAGGGGCGCCGCCAAGGUGAAGAAGAAGAAGCGCCACAGGAACAGCGCUCCAGAGUGGGGGGCCUACUGUAACCUCAGUGACAUGGGUGUUUACUGCAUCGACCGGCGCUACAGCUACCACGUGGAGCCGCGCUACAGAGACUACAUGAAGGGCUCGUUGUCCAGCACCUGCUCCCUCAACAGUGAAAACCCGUACGCCACCAUCAACGACGCGCCCGCCGCCUGCAAACACUCCGAGAGCAGCUACGUGGAGAUGAAGUCGCCGGGUCACCAAGAUCACAUGACCCACUGUUGCUCCGCCGCCAUCGUGGCCACGGCGACCACCGCGCCCGCCAAGAACGUCUACGACAUGGAACCAACCAUCAGUAUCGUGCAGGGAGCCGGCUGUGUGCUGGUUCCCAGUUACCCUCAGAACCCGUACGACCUGCCCAGAAACAGCCACAUCCCGAGCCACUACGACCUGCUGCCGAUGCGCCCGAGUCCGUCCCACAGCCACAGCCUCACCCUGCACAGCCACAGCCCCCCGCUGCCCGGCAGCCCCACCAGCUCGCUGCUCUAGACCCCCACCCCCCCCUCACCCGUACCAGACUGGACUGGAUACUGGACCAGUGCUCCCAGGACCAGGAAACUGGUGUGUGAGAGAAUCUCCUUCCUGCAGUGCUGCAACUGUUUGAUAUUUUAUCACUGUAUUAUAUCCAAUCAAUACUACAUAUUUGUGUUGUAUUGUAAAGCCCCUCUCAUCAAUGUCAACACAGGGAAAUAUAAACGCACACAAAGUGUUACCUUGUCUCUCUGGUACGCUGAUGUGCGUCAGAAGAAGGAAAAACAAAGAGACUUAACUACUCCUGUAAAUUGAUGUGGGUGGGAUUGUUGAGACUGAGGCCCACUUUGGAUCCAGCAGACUUGGACAAUGAGGAAGCAUCACACGGGCAUUAUGUCUCCAAACCUGUACAGUGUGAAAACUCUGGAGAAAAAGGUGCUCAUUACUCCUUCAAAGUAGGUGAAGACGUGCAGUCUGGUCAGAUCUACACUACCUGUAUAAUUCUGGUAUUUUUACACAUCGUUUCUUAUUUCCUGUUUACAUAUUUAAUGAUCCUGACGGGAUCCAUAUUUUCUCUCUUUUUGUAUGUACUGUAGACAGAGUACACUUACUGUGCACUAGUAUUUAUUAUUGUGAUUUUUUUUAUUUUGUUGUGUCAAGCUUAAUACACGUGCAUGCCAAAGAUUAUUCAAGAUAUAAUAUUUAGCCAGGAAUACCCUUAUUAUGUCCUUUUAUUGUUGUCAUCUGACUGUCUCAACAUGGGAGCCACUCCGAUCUGAAACAUGUGCUGCAGGGCUGCAACUAACGAUUAUUCUCAUUACUGAUUAAUGUUCAGAUUAUUAUUAAUCGAUUAAUUGUUAUCUUAAGAUAUUCAGUUUCAGCAGCACAUUUUACACAUUAUUUCGGGGCUUUUUAAGCAAAUUUUACGUAGUGGCCAAACGGUGGAAUUACAACUUCCUGGUCUGUCACGUGAUGCCAUGUGGCCCAAAAAGACUUUUUCCCAUUGACUUACAUUGGGAAAGACGUCUGUCAUUUUUUUGGAGGUGAAUCACCUCCAAGCCCGAACACUUGAAAAGCCCUUAUUUAAAUCAUUAUGUCCUAAAAGUCUUUGAGUUAUUUUCCUUCCUCAGUUCAUGUGAAUGAGAUUGUGGGAGGCGGGGCUAAAGACAACACUCGUGCGCUUUCUCUAUGGACCCCAAAAUGAGGAAGAUCCGGGUAACUUUAGCUGGAUUUUAUACUCGGAAGUUGAACUUUUUUUGCUUCAUGCAGUAACGUUCAUAGGAAUGAACGUGGCGCCGCCUCCAACGCUGAAUCCAGUUUAUAUAUUUAUGGGUUGUUUUGUUUCCGGUUCACAACCUCUUCUUCUGUUUACUGGCGGAUUUAAGCCAUGUGUAGCCUAAAGAGCCAACUUCUUACCAAACUACACUGUAGCUGAGUUUAUUCUCUCCAAACCACUUGAUGGAAACACGUCUAAUUCACAUUUCUUUUUUGCAACAUUUCAAAUAGUUUGCUUGACAUUUGCGUCACAAUUGAAUUCGAAACACGUUUAAUGAAUUAAUGUCAUUACAGAAUCACUGGAUUUCUGUUCCCAAACAUAAUGAAAUGUGUUUCUAGUCUCAUUGUGGCAACUGUUUCUCACAUUACAUAUGAGACAGAGGCGUACUUUUUCAAACAGGUUACUAUUGUUGAAAAUGCUGACAAUUAUACGUUUGGCAAAUAGCAAUAACAUGUUGACAUGUUGACAAUCAGAUGCAAACAGCUUUGUUGUCCCAUGUAUUUGUUUUCCUAUUUUUGUUCCAUUUUGCUCUGAUGUUAUCUUGCGCGUACAUCUUUCCUCCGGCUUUGAUCCAAACAAUAGUUUCAGCUUCCGUACAUGUAUCGAGUGCUGCGUGUUGGUCUUUUUGUUUAAAGCCCUAAACUCAAUAAAGUUGUCGUAGCUCAGGGGA